UUCUCCACCAAGAUGUCCACUCCAUCUGUCCAGGUAUGUAGCUAGCCGUGCACGUGCGGGCGUUUGUGUUGGCAGGCUUGCGGGCCGUGUUUCAGCCCGGUUUUACGGGUGUUUGAGCCCACCGCCACGUGAUCCAGUGUCCGGGCCAAAAGAAGCCGCCAAAUCUGGAGCCUCCCUAAGAUUCUGGGGACCAUCCGUUUCGGUGUGCUUUUGUCGUGCUCUUGAUUGACGCGUGCUUUUUGCGGACUUCUCAGUGUCGUUUCAGAUGCCUUUUUUGGUUCUCUUGUGAUUCUUUUCUUGGUGCCUUUUGCUGCCUCUUCCGGGCUCAGUGCAUCCCCAUAGUCAGGACCAAAAGAUAUUAAAAAAACAUGCCACAUUACCCGCCGCCCCUGAAAAUCCGCUCCCUACUAACAUCCAGACUUUCGGUAAGAAGAAGACCGCCACUGCCGUCGCCCACGUCAAGUCCGGCAAGGGCUUGAUCAAGGUCAACGGUAUGCCAAUCACCUUGGUCCAGCCUGAGAUCUUGCGUUUCAAGGUCUACGAGCCAUUGACCUUGGCCGGCUUGGACAAGUUCGCCAACAUCGACAUCAGAGUUAAGGUCACCGGCGGUGGUCACGUGUCCCAGGUCUACGCCAUCAGACAGGCCAUUGCCAAGGGUUUGGUUGCCUACCACCAGAAAUACGUCGACGAGGCCUCCAAGAACGAGCUCAAGAAGAUCUUUGCCUCUUACGACAAGACCUUGUUGGUUGCCGACUCCAGAAGAAUGGAGCCAAAGAAGUUCGGUGGUCGUGGUGCCAGAGCCAGAUUCCAAAAGUCUUACCGUUAAAAUUGGUGGAAGUUCUCUGUGGAAAGCUACUUGUCUUUUUUUCUCACCUUUGCACCUCCUAUUUUAUCUAAUGUACAAAUAAAAGCACGUAUCCAAGCAUGGUGUAGCGGCCGAUGGUCCGAGUAGAGAGCCGGGGGAGGUUUUCAACGAAGCCCGUGAUACUAGAUGAUAUCCACUGCAAUCCACUGCAAAUCCCAAUGUGGCUUCUCGAAGCUUUCCAUAUCUUCUUGGGCCACCUGUCGCAUGUAUAUGUUCCAAAGCUUCAAUCAU